CCGCUGUCAUAUUCCUUAGUGGGUGUUUGGUAUAUAUUUAUGUCUUCUCUGAUAUUUAAAAUCGUGCCUACACGAAAAAAAAAAUUGGGAAAACUUACCCCGUGAGUUUUUAACGCUAUGAAGAAGCGAAUGAAUAAUGUCUGCCUGUGAUAAUUUCGUGGAAAACCUGUGGAGAAAGGGAAAAUGUGCCAACUGUUUUCAAUCACGCGAAAGACAUCAAAAUGAUGACAAAAUUCAAGGCGACAACAACACGGCGAACAUACAUGAUCAAGAAGGAGGUCAUAGUCCUAUAGCGCCAAAUAUUGAACAAGCGGUUAAUUCAGUGAAAAGAGAGGAUGUUAAAGAGGGAAGAAGUCGCCAAGAAGGUGCAAAUGGUAUUAAAACUAUCGCACCUUGUGCUCCCACCAAAACGGACAACAACAGAAGUCGCAGCGAUAGCAUUACAAGGCGUACCGGCAAAACAGAUGAAACUCCCAAAUUGUUUGUUGUUAAUAAACCAAAGCCGGUUCCUCGAUCCAAACCAAGACCGCCCUCUCGAGUUGUGGACGGAGGAAAUGGGCUGAUAAGCCCUCAGCAAUCAUCUGAUGCGCAAAGCGAUUCCAUGCACGAAGACUCUCUUGGGAAAUCCCACAGUAACGCAAACUCUUUAGAAAGUGUUGAGCCGCACACGAGUGUUCUUUCAAAACCAGAUCACGAUACUCAAGUGAUUCAGGUGCUUGAGGAGUCAACAAACAGUUCGGAUAUCGAAACGGUCCGCGAGACAAUCGAAAAGGAGGAAGCGGUCACCGACAUACAAGUUUCUACGAAUUUAGAUUCGACAGGUCUCGAGGGCAGUGAAAAAAUUUUGUCCAACAAUGAAGCCCUUGUGGAUUCUGGUAAUUGCGAGAAAGAUCUUUCAGAGCUUACGUUUAUAGACAAUGAUGACAGCGAUGGGGAUGGUUAUGUACCGAUGAAAAGCAAUGUAGCUUUGUUCACCGCCGAACCCAUACGCUUCAAUAGUAUGCGCAAAAUAGAUGUCAAGAUGGAAGCAAACUACGAAGUCGGUCACCAUUCAUACGAACAAGAGAUCAGUGACGAAGAGAAAAUUAAAGCGACAAACGCAAGCGAUUCUGAGGCGCACGAAGAAAGGAGAAAUUCCUCAGGCGUUUUAGAAUUUCGAAAUCCUUUGUGCUUGAUCUCAAGCAAGACGAGAUCGAAAAGCGUCAAUUCAAACAGUUCUGAAGAAUCUGGAGGCACGUGUGAUAAAUUGAUUCCUAAUAAGAUUACCGGUAAAGCCAGCAGCACCAAGCCAUCCUAUGUAAACAGGCCAGCCAGUACAACCAGCACCGAUACAGGUUCCAGCAGUCAUGAUUCAGGCUAUGAAAACACUCGCAAAUCAACUAGAAGUAACUCAACAAAUAGUUGCUUGGAUGUGAUCGCACCCGGCGUUACAGGUGUUGUAAACACUGGAAAUGAGAAUUCAGCAGACCUUGCUCGCAUGAGUCAAACAAAAGGUGAUAUUGUUAUUGAAUCCAGUGGGGCUUCAUGUAGCUCUUGGGGGAGUAGCACUUGGGACAGCUGUAGUGCAUCUGAUUUUCAAGAAAACAGCUGUGAGUCAGUGCAUGUGGAAAAGGCAGUUGGAAGACUUGAUGUAAGCAAACCUGACUCUGUUGUCGUUACGACACAACCUAAGAGGGAACAUAUGACUGAAGCAGACAAAGGUAGUGGUAAUGCUAACCACACUUAUGUAAAUACCACAUUAAAGCCAUUUACGAAGCCAUACAAAGUGGUAGAUAUCAGUUCAGGUGUUUCAGUUCCUACUACCGAGGGGCAAAGUGAUGUUCCACCUCUACCACCAAAAGAAAAGGACCUGAAAAAGGAAAGAACAGGUGAAUUGAAGAGUCAUGUUUAUCUUGAACCAUCUGGCGAAAGACAAGGCAUUCCAGAACAGGGUCCACCAGAUGAAAGGAAAGAUGUUAUCAACAAUGCCAGAGAAAGCGCUUGUUCUAGUCCCCCUCCUAACCCAGCCCCUAACACUACAACAGACAAGAAUGGGGUAGUGCGCAGAGCUCCAGCUCCUAGGCCACGCUCCAGAGUUCCAUCUCAGUUUGGUACGUUGCCCAAACCUGCACCCCGUGCGUCAAGAACGCCUAGUGAUACAUCUAAAGUGGACAACAAGGAAGUUAAAGAGCUGAAAGUGGGCACCUCGCAGCCAGUUGGUUAGUAUAAUAAAUUAUUGUUUCAUUUAAUAUAGCUAAGUGUGUUGAGUCAUUCUCUUAUGGCAUGGUGAUAACCACAUUUUUUGUGUUUGUCUUUUGUUUUCGUAUCUUUUGCCAUUCCAACUGUAGUACUGAAUCUCUUCUUGACAGCCCCCAUGUAGUUUGGGGACAUUUUCAAAAGGUGUUGUUAUGGAUUGAGGGGGGGACCUUUGUGGUAGUUUCUUGGUGAUGCGGAUGGGUACAGUCACCAAAAUGAAAUGACAUAAUACAAAAGAUUGAAAAGACACUGAACAUGAGUGCCUGCACCAUGAAACAAUAGGUUCCUGCAACACCAAGAAAUGCCUGUUUUUACCCAGAAGUAGCAAGUAAAUGGAUAAAAAACUAGAAUACAGGAACAUGAUCACUAUACUUUAGAGAGGUGACCAUGUGGAGAGCAUUUUAAUCAAAGAGCUUAAGGCAAUGAAUAGUGAAUUGAUAAAAGAAACAGGAGGUCAUUGUAUGUACAUCCGGUAUGGAGUUGCAGCCAUAAAGUAACUUCUGGAACACUUAAAAUAUUAUUAAUGGGUCUUUUCCAUAUAAUAUAUAUCUUAUUUGCCUCAAACAUGAUGUGACAUUAAAGAUAUUAGCUGAUAAAUUAAGAUGCUGAUAUCAGAUAACCAAAUGACAAAAGUUUUCAAUUCAUAACGACUUUAAAACUCUUGAUCAUACAAUUCACCUUUGCCAAAAAAAUAAAUAUAAACUAUAACAGUACUUCUUUAAUCUAAUUACACCUGGAAACAAGCAUUUGUUUUUCUGUCUAUGAAAUGUGUGAAAUGAAUUUUUAUGGUCUGCUUAUAAUUUGUUAUCAGCUUGAUCACCUUGUCCUAUUUGCCAUUUUUGACUUUUAUUAUCAUUUUAACACUGGGUCAUUAACCCCUAUUUACAUGUAGUCACUCAGAUUAUCUUUCUUUCAAUGAAACUGAAACGAAAAUUUUUUAUUAUCUUUUUCAACAUAAACAAAAGGUAUGCCUUGGGAUGCAAAUAGAUAAUAUCCAACCAAUGUUUUUUUACCAAAUCCUUAUAUCAUUUUUACUUUUGUAUUUCAUGCUGAUUUUGGUCAGUUCGGUGAAAAAUUAUUUGCUCUUCUUGAUAUAUUAUGAACAGGCAUCAUGAUGUUAAUCGCAUACGGGAAUAACGAUUGAAUCCCUCAACUCCUUGUUACAUAGUUUUACAUUGCAGUUGUAGUCAUAUCCUUCUAGUAAUUUCACACCAGCUACCUAUGAUCACUCAAAACUUAUAAGCAAAUGUCAAUCUAUUCACAUCACUGCUUUAGAUUUGAACAAAAAUAAUAACAGUUGCAAUGCUAGAUCAGAGAAAAGUGUUAAAAUGGCAUCACUGACUUUACAACUUUACUGGUAGUGAUGUCUAAAGUUGUGUUUGAUUUUCCAUAUUUUGCAAGAAGAAUGACACAGAUUAGAAAGAUUGCUACGGAUUCAAAUUUAUUAUUGUUUUGAUGGGACUUUGGAGUGUUGCAAUGAUACAUGUACCUUAUUCCUGUAAAUUAUCUAAUAUUAAGUGGUCCCAACCUUUUUGAAUGAGAAUCAACUGAUCAUGUGAGAAGAGAGGUUUGAAACCUGUUCCAUGAGUUGUGGCCAUUCAGCAUACACCGUAGAUGCUACAGUAUACAUGUACUUUGACAACAGAGGGAUGUGAGUCUUAACAAUAAAUUAUAGAAAAAAACAUGAUUUAAGCUAUUGGAUAUUCCUUUUGAGUUUUAUAGUGAAAGAGUGGAAGAUCCAAUAUCAAAUGAAGGUCAUUUUUUUCUCUGUUUCCUUUUAUUCAUGUGAUUCAUAGAACACAAUGCAAAUGCAAGGAAAGAAAAAAUUAUAUUGUUAAUGGCACGAUGUGAAUAGCACUAUAGUUCUGUUAAAUAUUAUGAUGUAUUUUUUUGCUGGUUUUAUUGGAAUGUUUUAUGAAUGGAAUAUUCAUUUCCCUUUACCUCAUCAAUUAUGUAUUCCACAUGUUCCUUGUCUUUGCCAGCUUGGCACCUGUUUCUGUUGAUAAAUUACACAACUGAACAUUAUUUUUUAUAGAAUUUCUAAAUAAAAAGAUGACAAUAAUUUUGUGCUUAGUGUGGUAAGAAAUGGCGGCAUAAAGAACUCUCCUUUUGAUCGUCAGGUUGGAGAAGGCCAGCUUAGUUUUAAAGAAGGCUUUUUCUCUAUGAGGUUAACUAUUGGUGGUUAUGAUUUUACUUUAAGUUUUAACAUUUUGAAUUAAACAUUUUGGAUUUAAAGGGGCCAUUUGACAGUCAUUCAUAAAGUUAGGGGAUGCUCUGCGGUGAAAAACUUAGAGAGAUGACUAAAAAUCCUCUGCCUUUUUUAUUUCUUUCUCACUCACUAUUUUCUGGUCGUUUGCCAUCCUAUGUCUGGUUCUUUGAUGCCAAUAUUUGAGGGUUUUUUUAAAUUUUUUUCAUUAUUAUCAAUUUUUUUUUUACUUACGGUAAGCAACUCAUGAACUUACUGCCAUUCCCUCCUCCCCGUUUCCCUACCAACUAUCCAAUUUCAUUUAAAAUUUUAAUUUUAAUGGGAAUUUGAGUGAACUCCAGCGUUGCCUGGGAAACUGAUUCUUCGGUUCCAGAAAAGCUGGACUCAGCAUUUCUGAGUGUUCUGUUUUAAAAAUUGGCAUGCCCCUAGACCCCCUGAGGUAGCUCACACCUUCGGGGCUCAUAAGCUGUUUUGCAGCACCAAAAAAAUUUGAUCACGUGGGGUGCUUUUAGAUAUACGUCCGCCACUUUAAAAGACUGUUGAAAACCCUGCACUGUGUAUAACAAACAUGCCUGAGGGUGGGGUGUACCUUAGAAACUUCUGAUCACAGAUGUGCCACUAUUGGUACCCCAGAACCUAAACCAGACUUAGUUCAACUGAAUUUUGCUACAUUUGGAAAUUAAAUAGCCAUACUGGCAAAAACAUUUCCCUUAGGUGCUUUAAGCUAGAAGAAGAAUAGGAUAUACUCAUGAAAUGAUUUCCAGGCACAGAUCCAGGAUAAAGACUGACCAAAUUUCUAAAUGAGUGCCGAAGGCGCAAGCAAGGUCUGGGGACGGGCUCCGCCAUGAAUUUUUUGGAUUUUUACUCCUUAAAGGAGGCCUUUAAGUCCCCUUUCCUGGUUCUCUGAGUCAUUCAGAGGGGAUAUUGGCCAGUUUUCAACUUGGAAAGUCUUGUAUUAUUCAAAAUAUAUUUGACUAUGAAAAAUGUGAUCCAUUUCCAUAAAAUGUUGGAAACUGGUGUGGAUCCACACCUGACUUGUUAUUAUAGCUGAAAUCAGUGUGCAAAGCUUAAUAGGUAGGGGGAGUAACUUCCAUGGGUAUUUCCUACCAGAGUGCAUUGCAUAAUAUUAGCUUUAGCAACCCACAGGUAGAUGGCAGGUUUCUAGACUUUCUCAAAGCCCAUUUGCAGUUUCUGCUGGUUGCAUCACUCAUCUUGUGACUUAAUGCAGUCAAUUUGUGUCCAAAUGCUGUGUCCCACAUUUUAGCCAAGUGUGUUAUUUAAAAUAUCAGAUUAAUAUGGUUAGCAAAUGGAAGGUAUAGGGAGAAUGGAAUUAAAAGGUUAUAGCUAAAAGUAAAUAGUUAAGAACAAACAGCCAAAAAGUUGAACCCAUGAAGCUCUUCUGUUUGAUGAAAAAAAAAACAUGGUUUCAGCAGAAUGGUGUGAGUUGCCUUUUAAUAAAUCUGUGACAACUACCUUGAAUUAAACUCAACUCUACCUUCCCUCUAAGAUCGUUUCAUUACAUUCAUAAUAGCGGAGAGUAAUUUUAAACAAAGAGUAAACUAAUAAAAGUAAGCAUUUUAAAUCUGCUAAAUGUAAAUAAACUGAGAGUUGCCAGCUUGGAUCAUAUUGAUUUUAACAUCUCUACAUUAAAUCUAAAAAGAAGGAUAAAAAAAUAAAAUAAGGAAUGGCUAUGACUGAGGGCUUGCUUGCAUGCUAGCUUGUUUGAUUGAUGGGUCUUAAAUAUAAAGCAUUUAAGGGCAAACGACUUAAGUAACAAAAUAUAAUAUUAUAAAAUAUUUAAAACUGCAAUUUAUAAUUUGCCCUCUGUUAAUUUGUGCCAGCUGCUUGGUGCUUGUUUAUUUAUCUUAAAAGGAGGCUUUGUUACUAUGCAUUUCAACUGACACUUUUCUAUUUAAUUUUCUUUGUUUUUUAGUUCCAAUUACACCCCUACCCAGUACCCCUUCUCCCUCUCCACCCUCCCUUGAAAGACUACCCUCAUUAAGGAACUCAAAAAAGGCAACGAAUCCAACCUCACCCCCUGUCCCUAAAAAAGGGACUUUGGAUCCUGGGAGCUCAGAUAAGCCAUCUGAAAGUGUACCUUUGAGUCCAGUGAACAGUGAAGGCAUUGGAGCGGGGGAGACUCAAGAAGGGCCCAUCAAGCCCAAAAGAUGUGCCCCACCACCUCCCCUGUCUGGUAAGCUUGCACACGUAACAGGAAGCAUUAGCACAGUUAGACCUGCACUUAGUUGUAACAACAACAAUAAAAAGAACAGUUUAUUCAAUUUGAAAAUGAUUUAUCGGGGCUAUUAGUGGUGGGUAACAAUACAAUGGUAUUCCCCUAGUGCUAAUUAUAAAGUGGUUUGCACAGUAACGAGGUAAAGCGGUCAAGAUGAUACUGGCAUUGAAAAUGUUGCUCAUUAAAUGAGUUCAUGUUCUUUCAGUCUCAAAUGCCAUUAUUUCAACUCACUCAUGAAGUUUUUUCAAUUGUAGGUCUAUUUUCCUAUAGUUCAAUUCGUAAGGACAGUUAAGGGUUAAAAAGGGAAACAAGUAAUUUACUGUCAUGUGUUUACGCCAGCCGGUUCGCAUCAUAGUUGUGUAUUGGACAGCAAAAGAUGUUAGAAGUGACAUUAUCUACCAACUGAACAACAACAGUACUUUAUCAAACUGGGUUCUGUGCUAAGACCUCAAAUAUUUUCACGAAAAAGGAGACAGAGAGAUUACUUUUAUUCUUUAGGGCUUUGCUUUUUUCCUUCAGCGAUGAGGAAGUUUCAUAAGCUUUGCCUUCUUUUCCAGCCUCUUACUCCACAUCUGACUGCUGAGUCUGACUCUUUCCUCAUCGUCCACGUCAAUAAACUGACCAGCCCGUGGCACAGUCCCGUUCCCUCUCCUUCUUCUCCUUUGAUUUCACUUUUCCUCUGUUUUCACUUUUCAGUUAUAGUUGCUGUUAUUGAUUUUUCUCCUCUUUUUUUCCUUUCUCCCUCCAAAACCCUUCCCCCCCACCCCCUUUCGUGUGGUAGGAAAUCAUUCUCUGACAUCUUAAGCUGUGCUUUAGGCACCCAGAGUUGGUAGCAACUCAAUUGUGGCAAAACAGAGAAGUGCCAGAACUCUGAGUUUGGGAGGCAUUUUCAAAAAACCUCCCCUUUGUUAUCAAAGAUUGCUUCUGUGGGGCGCCUUGUUCCAGUGGUGCAGUCUGUGCUGACAACCCAACACCUUUCCUUAUUGGGACCUUUACCUUUAGCUUGUGUCAAGAGUAUUAAAUGCAGGCUGCUGUCCGUCAGGGGCCUGGCCUCUUGCGCUGCCCGUUAUUUUUUCUCGCGGUCAUGCAACGUUUUUUUGGCAAGAAGCAUACGUGACGAGACAAGUAACAGCUGCUCGGGAAACUGUCAUGUUGACCUUAUUUUGCUGUCUCGUCAUUUAAAAUCCUAUUCUUGUGAUCCUCUCCUAGUUCUACAACGUUUUAUAGUCUCACCUUUACCAAAUUAUUCAGAUUAUAUCAAUAUAGACUGACAACGUUAUGUAGUGGUUUUAUGGACUGCAUAAUAUAUAUAGUGGUUGAAAAGCUGAGAUGUUUUAUCGUUCCAAACACUGUUGCGUUAAGUACUUUCUCUUUUUAUUUUCCUUUAGUUCGUUUUCUUCCUCUCCUUCUUUCAUAUACAUAAUAUUUUUUUCAUUUUUAGUUUAAUUCGCAUACGUAUCUCAGAUUUUUUUUCGACUUCUCAUGUAUUCUGUUUUUGUUUAGCUUCCAGUCCCCCACCACCAAAGUCGCCGGUUUCUCGGUCUGUCACCGAGGCAACAGUCAAGCCAGUUAGUCCCAGUCCAUCUAAAUCAAAGCCCACUCGUUCCUCGUCCUUUUCUGAUGCGCAUGGCUCCAACGUGAGUUCACCGCCUCCAAAAGUACAGCCGUCUCCCAAGUCAACCCUAAGGAAAGCUUUUGCAAGUAUGAAGAAACUUGGGGGUAAGAGGAAAAACCGACAUAGCAAAACCAUCGAAAUUAGCGGUCCAAUAAUAUCAGGUGAUGAAAUGCCGGGGAUUUUCACUUACAAAGAAGCAAUGCCACAGCAGGCUCCUUCAGAAGAGAGACCUGCUGACGUUGACCACACAAGUACGUCAGACACAGAAAAACCUGAAUCGCCUGUGACAAAAGUUGCCGUUAGGCCAGUCAUGUCUUCAUCUGCAGCUGAUCCCUCUUCUCCAGUUUGUUCUUCUCCAGUGAACACACUUCAGUCGGAUGGAAGAUCCAGUAGCGCUUCAUCCCCUAUCAUGCAGACUGAGCCAGGAAUUGGCUACCAGAAUUUUCCACUGUCCAAAGGCGGGGAUACUUUAGAGAAGCCCAAAAAGCCCCCUCGCGUAGCUAAAGUUGUAAAGCCAUUGCAACACAGUGAGCCGAGUCCGGAUGAAGAAGCUGUAACGAAGAAGUAUUAUGAUGACGACCAGACGUAUCUACAGCCUAAUCAAGACGAGUUGACUCUCAAAGUUGAAACAGCUUUAGCUAAUUUGAACGAUGCUGAAAUUCUCGCAGAGGCGUUGUCAAGAGUUGAGCAAGAAAAGUUGGGGCCUCUUCCAGCUAUUCCACGAUCGCGGCAAGUUCGCUUUCGGUGUGACGAUUCAAAUGCGUCAAACACAUCCUCAGAAGCCAAAGUAGAACCUCGACGACCAGUGCGAGUCGUGUCGCCGACUCUCAUUAACGGAUCCGGAGAUAAGGGAGAUUUCAAAUCCAGGCCUAAACUCCCAUCUAGACCUCCAAAUACAAAACCUUCCGGGCAUGCCAUAAGGGAGCGCUCACACAGUUUUGAAAACCGCAGUCUGGAAAGGCACAGACCAGCGGUGGCACGCAGUAGAAGCUUGUCCAGCGGAAGUGGUCUGGAAAAACGCUAUAACAAGAUUUUAAAGCUGCAGUUGCAGACGCUGGAGGACAUGAUUCACUCUUGGAGGGACGAGCUCCUUCCUGAUGUUGGUGUAGAUUUGUGGGACACGCGCUGGUCAGACUACGAGGCUCAUGGGAACACGUUGGAGGUGCGCUCUCCUGGGGCAAUUCUUCUGCCCGUUAAAUGUGCCAUGUUUUGGGAAGGAAACAGGAAAUUGCUUGCGAAGGUGAGUACCCUCAAUUGCGUUGAGUAGAUAAUAUGGAUUUUCUUUGCUAGAGAGUUACUUUUCGACGUUCCUUUUGGAAGGAACGCGUGACGAAACCCUAUUAACGUCCGUGUAGGAGGCGAGCAUUAAGCGGGCUCUCGCAGGACCGUCGUUAGUCGCGGUCCGCUAAAUACAGGUUUGCUUUUAGGGGAAUAUGAGCCAAAAAAUAGUUUCGGACUUUCAGUGACUCUUGUCUGCUUAAUAAGGUAUGCCGGUAAAUAUGGACCAUGCGGGUUUUACUCUAGUUGUAACGUCACGCUGUAACUUUAGUUUUGUCUUGUGAGAGUUGAAAGCAUUAUCAACUCUUUGGAUGAUAGCCUGCGAGCAAGCUCUCCUAUUUGGGUAAGCGAAGUGAGCCUCGCGAGAACGCGCGAGCGAGGGGGCCGCGCGUUCUCGCGAGACUCGCUUCACUCGCCCAAAUAGGAGAGCUUACUCGCAGGCUAUUUGGAUGAGUAAAUUUUUUACUGGAGGAUUGCACAACGAACACGAAAAAGCUCCCUAAAUUACGCCGAAGAGAAAAUGAUAUGCACAGUGAAACGGACACUCAAACCUGGAGACUUGAAAGAAGAUUGUCCAAUCUCGACGUUUUAUAAAAACAAAAGAUUCUCAAGUUUUUUUGCAAACGACCAAUAACAUUCAUAAAUUGGACGUGCCGUUUCCUGAGAGGUCAGGUAAGUUCAAACGGUUUUAAGUUUUUAUCGGUUGCAAAGUGAAAUACUUCAAUUUUAUUGGUCCGUUUCCAAAAAAAAUUCAGAAUCUUUUGUUUUCAGAAAACGUUGUGGUUGGAAAAUCUUCUUCCGAGUAUCCCAGUUUUAGUGUCCUAGCCUGUUCCAGGUGUUCACCAGUCCUCCUCUACUUUUCAUCGCUUUCUUUACUUCGCACCGCUCUCCACUAUCUGAACGCUUGGAACAGGCUAUUAGUGUCCGCACUGUAAAGCAUGCAAAAAUAUCGAGGUCAAAGGGCUAGCUUCGUUUUGGUGAGCUACUCUCAGGUUGUUUUCGUUACGGGAAGGGCAGGGCGAAAAGAAAUCACAAUUGUGAAAAAUACCGGAUUCCAGACCUAUUCAGUGAAAAUGGAAAUUUUAAAAACCCCUGCCUCCCCCUCCCCCAUUUUUCAUUAUUCAUCAGACAGAAAGCUUAGCACUAAGGUAAUAGGAUGAUCGUCGUGAUUCGAGGGAAAUUAACUGAUGGUGAUGUAGUGGUUCGAGCGACAACUCUUUGCCCCUGGCCAACUCUCUGUAUCUUGUUACGUCGGAUGUAAAUAGUUAUGUAUCUUUUAAUUUUUUUAGGUGGAGUACCCGAUACCAUCUUCGAGUUUCGCGUCACAAAGAUCACCUUUCAAACAUGACAUGCGCGUCUGCGAGUCUCUGCCGCAUCACGUGAACGUGUCACGUGUUCUUACGCACUUUACUGAUAACGUAUCAGGUGACGUUAUUAAACAAGCUGAAUGUGAUUCGUAUGAAACAACGGUGAGCAUCACAGAUCAAAUCCCUUGUGAAACAGUGGCGGAUUUUGUCAAAAGAAACAAAGAGGAACACGAAAAUGACCCUGAGGCUUACGAGAAGAAGGUUUGUCUUCUCUUGCUUCAGCUUUUAAGCGCAAUAGAUCACUUACACAAGGAGACCGUCGUUCAUCGGGAUCUGAAAAUGGAAAAUAUGUUUUUGACGGAUUGCGGGCUCUUGUUUGUCGCCAAUUUUCAGCAUGCGCUGCAGCAGGCGAAAGAUUCUCGACCCAGUCCUUUCAUUCUACGAAAGAACGCGUCCAGUGAUCUCGGCGGGAACUGGGAACACCUUCCUCCGGAAAUACUAAAUGCACCAGAAGAGACGGAUUUGUUGAAUUAUGAAAACUGCGAUAAUUUUGCGGCUGGGUGCUUAAUGUAUGAACUACUUCACCGACCAAACCCGUUUGGUGUUAAUCCACUCCUGAUUCAGCAGGAUUACGACCAAACAGAUCUACCUCCAAUUCCUACAAGGUCAAGAUUUUCUAGGGGGCUGGGCAGGAUAGCGCGUCAGUUAUUACGGAGGUAUCCUCAAGAGCGGUUGUCUGCCGGGGAAGCCCUCCAAAUGUUUCAAGUGUUGCUAUGGGGACCAAAAGACCUCGAUGACGACAGCAUUGAAAUUGGUGUCAGCGAGUGGCUAGAAACCGAGCGUGCGCACACGGUUGCAAUGAUCGCGCGCAACCAAAUGCAGAAAAGUUAUAGCCAGGUCGAUUUCGUGGAGACGUUCAUGAAGUGCCAAUUUCUUGUCGACGCCUCUGCAGAUUCUUUGUCGUACAUAUAUCAGCAUCUUGAACUGGACAAGGAACAUGGGGAGAACUGUUUAGCUUAGCUAUUUAUGAAUUUUGGCUAGAUAUCGGAAGACAAAGUAACAGUUGUAGAGGUUUAUCUCAGCCUUACAUAUCUUGGUAUGUUAUAUUUAUUUUUCCCUAGUACUAGAAGUUUUAUAUCUCUUUCUUUCUUAAACAAAACGUUCUAAAAGUUCUUUUAAUAGAAAAAGAUAGGCUCUGAAAACUUCAUUUCAAAUAAGUUAAAAUCGCGUUAUGUAGCCCGCGAAUUCUGCCGCCUGUCAUCGCUCGCCGUCGCAGGGACGCCUGCACGAAAGACGGGUAGUGGUGAAAGACGACUGUAUUCGCAGGCAAUUAAAACUGGUAUUCAGUGUUAAUCGCUGCAUUUAAGAUAAGAGCUGUCACUUCGUAACGAGCGAUGUUUAGCAGCGUUCACUUGUCGUCGUUUGUUUUUGUGUUUUACUGGUCACAGACUGUGAUACUUUUUAUCUACCGAAAAGCCGAGCACAGAGUGCCUGGGCUUCAGUUUUAAACCCUGUUAAACCCUUUUGCUUCUAGGCGUGGUCAAAGCAAAAUUCGAUUGACAAAAAUUAUAAAAGUUAUUUUGUAAAAUACGGGAAAACAAACACUACUUCUGAAUAUGAGCGACAUUUUUGAGAUCAUUCAUUUCAAAAACUAUAGAUAAAAAAUGCUGUUGCUCCAGUACUAAAUACAUGACUGUCCUCGAAAAAGAAAUUUCGUUUCUGUCGUAUUUCAUCGUCGCAAAUGUGAAGUUCGUAGUCUUCCAUAGCUUUAAUAUUUGUUUAACCAAAUAUUGUCCAAAUACUCAAAAGUUAGAACUUCCUUGUAUAGCAGAAGAAACUGCUGGGGAGGUUUUUAACACUUCUUUACUAUGAAUUGACAAGAGAGGAUAAAGGUUCCCCUAUCUUGGAUUUCGUCAACAGACUCUUAAGUUCGAACUAUAUUAUUGACAGCUGUGGGAGUGGAAGUUUAAAGUAAUAGCUUAGAAAAGCGGAAAAAACGGAUGUUCAAAGAUUCGUAAGAGGAUAGUAAUUUAAUUUAUUAAUACGUAAGUUACCAUAACCUUGUUCCCAGGGUCCUGUCCUACUCGGUCCCCGGAGCAAGAGAGAGUAGGAGGGGACCCUGGGAACGAGGUUGACACGUUACCGUAAAUUUUUCUUAUUCAAGAUAUUUAUAUUUAGUUGUCUGAAAAGGCCUCAAGAAACAUUUUAGUUAUUUUUAUUCUUGGGAGAAACAUAUUCCAAAGAGAAAGUAAUUAUUAGUCUUUUCGAAAUUAUAGAAUCUACAGAUUUUAUUUAUGAGAGGUGAUAUUCUUAGUGACUUGUUUAGGUGGAGCUUAAAGGAGCAUUGUCACGUUAUUUCCACUCACAGAAGUUUGCAAAGGCAAGAUGAAAGAACUUUUCCAAUUUUUAUUCGUAUUAAAGUACUGAAAAUGUAGUGAUAGUAAUAGCCACUCAAAAGUGUUGCAUAUUAGGCGGUUUCGUUUAAACGUUCACAUUUUAGACUACAAUUACAAAACUCGUCUCCUGAGACUUCACUAUACUAGGUCAGGGGAACUUGGUUAUUAAACCAGAUGUUUCUCUGUUUGAACCAGACUUGAUUACCAUUCGUAUUCAUUGUAACCUCUUACAUGGGUGGAGGGAGCAAACCGGACUCCUUAAAAAUGGUUGGAUGUCGGAAAUGUAAUGAUUUUUGCACAACUUCAACAUUACUCUUAGUAUAGUGUAUACUGUUUUAGAAGUAUAUCAUUAAAGCGUAAACAACUGAAAAAUCCUCGUGGCACUGCUCCUUUAAGGCGCUUAUUUUCGUAAAUGUAUUGCCUCAUGCUUAUGAACGAACAAAUUUAUUUUGUGCAUUUUCAAAAAAAUUGUACUUUACGUUUGAAACUUGCCAGGGAAAAGGAAUCCAUUCCGUCUGAGAUUAAAGAACUAGCGCUUGUGUGGUUGUUCGUAGGUAGCCCUAACAUAACAGUAGGUUUACGCUUAUGAAGCUAGCAUGAAGCACUGAGCAUUAGCACCGAGUUUGUAAAUUGUAAGUUCAGUUUAUUUAUUUUGAACCUGGAAAAACAGCCGACUUCGCGACACCACCACUGGUUUCCGCGCGAAAGGAAAGGAACGAGGAACGAGCGCGGAAAUUCCAUACUGAUGACGUGCCAAUACCCUGGUCUGGGUGAGGCCUCUGAUUGGUUAAAGCAAUUUCCCUUGCGGCACGACCAAUAGGAAGCAAAAAGAACCACUACCCAGAUCUAACUGAUACGUCAUCAGUCUGCUGUCAUUCCUCACACGUCAUGUCGCCGGGAAACCAGUGAUGGUGUGGCGAAAUUUCGGCUGUUUUCUCUGAGGCUAUUUUAUUACCUUUUAAUUCUCUAUGUGCUUCAGUGUCAACUGAAAAGAGUUAAGUUAUGAAGAAGUGCCCUGCUUAACAUUGUAGGUUUGUAGGGCUACCGAAGGUCGCUGUUUAUGUGUAGAUUGAUGCCGCAAGCUGUGCAGAAGUUUAACUAAAAGGCUGACCUUAUAUGCAUUGGCUGCGUCG